AUGGCGGAGGCAAACAUCACCCAUCACAUUGUCGCUAUCGAGGCUGUUCAUUGCCCAAUCCCAGAAUUCGAUCUACCAGGGCCCCAUACUCGUGCCGUUCACCGGUGGACCGAUCCCUCUGAGCUCCCCAGCCGCCUCAAAGAUGCGACAAUUGUCAUCACCACAACCAUCCGCUUGACAGCGGAAACUCUGAGCCCGGAGAUUACCCCCAAACUCCGCCUUAUAGUGAUUAUGGCGACCGGCACAGACUGUGUCGACGUAGCAGCCGCAAGAGCUCGAGGAAUCACCGUGUGCAAUUGCCCAGGAAGCAACAUAGAUAGCGUCAGUGAACACGCCAUUGGACUUUACUUUGCCACCCGGCGAAAAUUCAUUGAGCUACAUAAUGCCACAGUUGCGGUGCCUGCAGACCCAUCGCUUGAUACUGAGUGGAAGACGAAAGGUUCUUUACUCAGUCGGGUUCGUGCACCGGAUGGAAAAGCGCCAUUGCUGUGUAGUGAUGAGACCGUAUGCAUUAUUGGAUAUGGCUCUCUGGGAAAACGCAUUGAGGCGAUGGCGAAGGGCCUUGGUAUGAAGGUCAUUAUUGCGGAACGUAAGGGCGUAUCUCCCCGGCCCGGUCGAUAUGCAUUUGAAGAGGCUUUGAAAACUUCUACGGUGGUAAUUUUGUGUUUACCCCGAAGUGCUGAAACACUCAAUAUGAUCUCCACGGCGGAAUUUAAGAUCAUGUCCCCCCAUGGACUGUUGAUCAAUGUCGCCAGAGGUGGCAUUGUUGAUGAAGAAGCUCUACUACAGGCUCUCAAAGACGGUGCAAUUUCAGGAGCGGCUACGGAUGUUUAUGCAACGGAACCUGCUGGGAGGGGAGACUCGCCUUUGCUGAGUCCCGAUGCAGCGGCAUUGAACUUAGUCUUGACCCCUCAUCUCGCCUGGUAUGCCGAGAGGACGUUGCAAAACCUUUCAGCUUCCGUGAAGAUCACGAUCGACAAAUGGUGUACUGGUGAGACCAUCAAUCCCGUUUAUUGA